AUGUAAUAAACCAAGAAGUUUACUAUUCGUAGGUCUACAGUAAUGUAAAAACAAAAGAUUGAAACAAUUCCACAAAAACCUGUGAGUAAGAUUCCCCAAUAGUCCCCAGUCUAACAAGCUUAAUUAGAAAAUACUUCAAAUCUACUUACUAAAGAUGAAUAAAAAAAACUUUUGAAUGAAAAUGAACAACUAAGAUAGCAAUUGAAGGAUAAGUGUUAUGAAUAUGAUAAAAAAAUUUCAAAUAUGAGUGAACUUAAUAAAUAACUAGAAAGAGAACUGAAGAAAAGAGAAGAAGAAAUUGAUUAUUUUAUUUCGAAAAUUGAUGUUAAGGAUAAGGAAAUAAAACACCAAAAGGACCUAAUUAUUAAAUUGAAAGGCAAGAAAAAAGAUUACAAAAAAAAAUGUUAGGAAAUAUAAUCAUAGCACCAAUAACAUUAACAUGAUCCAUUUCAAUAAUUAUUGGAAAUGAGGGCACUUCUUCUUUAACUAAGAAUGACAGCCCAAGUGCUGCCACUUUUAUAACAAUAAUAAAGACUACGUCAAUAUUAAACUCAAGCCAUUGAUGUAGACAACAUGAGUUAUGAAUAAUUGCUAUAGUUGGAAGAUUAGAUCGGAAAUGUGUCAAAUGGCAUAGCAAGGGAAGAUAUCAGAAGAAUUCGUAAAAGAGUUAUUCAACAAAGUGACAAUAUCUAAGGAGUCUGCCCAGUUUGUCAAUGCAACAUGGAAAUAGGUGAGAAAUAUCGAAAACUGGGAUGCAAUCAUUAUUACCACUCUAAAUGCAUCAAAAGUUGGUUAUUGUAGCAUAAUAACUGCCCUAUUUGCAAACAGACUGUAGUAAUUGCUAUUUGAUUAUUUAAAAAUAGCUGAUUUAUUAUUCUAUU